GUGUGUGUGUGUGUGUGUGUGUGUGUGUGUUCCAGAGCACGUCGUCGCUGGAGAGCAACCUGGAGGGUCUGGCCGGCGUGCUGGAGGCCGAUCUGCCCAACUAUAAGAGCAAAAUCCUGCGCAUCCUGUGUGCUGUUGCGCGUCUGCUGCCGGAGAAGCUGACGGUGUACAGCACGCUGGUGGGGCUCCUGAACGCCCGCAACUACAACUUUGGUGGAGAGUUUGUGGAGGCGAUGAUCCGGCAGCUGAAGGAGACGCUGAAGGCCAACCUGUACUCAGAGGCGCUCUACCUGGUGCGCUUCCUCAGUGAUCUGGUCAACUGUCAUGUGAUCGCUGCGCCCUCGAUGGUGGCCAUGUUUGAGAACUUCAUCAGUGUGACGCAGGAGGAGGACAUUCCUCAGGUGCGCUCAGACUGGUAUGUGUAUGCGGUGUUGUCCAGUCUGCCGUGGGUGGGGAAGGAGCUGUAUGAGAAGAAGGAUGUGGAGAUGGACCGGCUGCUCAGCCAGAUCGACGGAUAUCUGAA